UCUCUCGCUCAUCCUGCAUUCCUGCGAGUCAACUUGGGGACUGUAGUACGGUUCCAGAGUAAGGAAAAAUGGACGUGGGAAAGAUAAGGGAAGAAGUGGAGAAGAGUGGGAUGAUCGACACGUGGUUGAGAAAGCACAGUCUGAUUCACACCGGAGCUACGAGGCACCCUUUCAUCCUCGGUAUUCGAGAUGGGACCGUCGAUCUCUUCGCCUAUAAAACAUGGCUGGGACAGGAUUACCUGUUUGUUAGAGCGUUUAUCCCAUUUGUAGCAAGUGUAUUGAUUAAAGCUUGGAAGGAAUCGGAUAACAGCAGUACGGAUAUGGAAGUGAUAUUGAGUGGAAUGGCUUCUCUGAAUGAGGAGAUUUCGUGGUUCAAGAGUGAAAUCCCCAAGUGGGGUCUUCAACUAUCUGGCAUUGUUCCUCAGAAAGCAAAUCAAGAUUAUUGCCGAUUUCUGGAGAAUUUGAUGGGCCCGGAUGUUGAAUACACAGUGGCUAUCACUGCCUUAUGGACCAUUGAAGCCGUUUAUCAAGCGAGUUUUGCCCUCUGCCUGGAGGAUGGGGCGAAGACUCCGGCAGGACUGAGGCAGACUUGCCAAAGAUGGGGCAAUGAUGGCUUCCGUCAGUAUUGUAAUUCUUUGCAGCAAAUUGCUAAUCGUCAUCUACAGAAGGCGUCCAAUGAUUUGCUCACAAAAGCUGAAGUAGCAUUGCUACGUGUUUUGGAACAUGAAGUUGAGUUUUGGAACAUGAGCCGUGCUGAGGCCUAGUCAGCCUUAACUUCAGAAACCUUGACAUGAUAUGAGUGAGAUGGUUGUUUGUGUUUGAUAGCGUGUCCAUCAUUUAUGUUGCAGUGAAUGAAAUGAUGCGCAUCUCAGUUCUUGUUGUAACCUCUAUCACUGUUUUGUUGGAUCUGUCAAACGUGUAUAUUGGUCGU